AUGGCAUCACCCCAACCUGCAUCUUCUCGUCGCCGAACAUUUGAUUAUUCGCACCAACCAGAGCAAGGACUGCAAGAGUGGGCCAGUAGGAUCAAGAGCAUCCAGGCUGAGGUUGACCAAGACGAGCAGGCUGAGCAAAAGAGGCUCGAGCAGGAGAUCGCGGCCUCACGACUUGCCAGAGCACAGAGGAGAGCAAAACAGGGAUCCAGACGUCUAUCGGACAUUGGUGUGUCUGGGAGUGCAGCGUCUCCCGAUCCGGAACCGGUGAAAACGCCCGAAUCGCCUAGCAAGCCCAGUUCCAUUUUUGGCGCGAGGGCAACGGCGGAUACCCAUGACCCUGCCUUGUUCGACCAGACUCUGCGUCGCGCAGGUUCGUCGGCUUCUGCAAGUGCAUUCCAGGCGGUGGGUCGGACCAGCAAGUUUGGCCAGGGUGCUGCUGCGCUGCCUGGACUUGGACCCCCUCCGAGACAACCCUCCCCCAGCGCUCUGCAGACAAGUCACUGCCACGCAGUCCUCGUAGCCCAGAUUCGCUCCGCCAGAGGAACAAUUGGUAGAUCUUCGCCAGAGAUCAAGUCUGAGCUCACUCGUUCUAAAACAACAGCCGGUCGUCCCCGCGGCAAGUCAACGUCAAGUCCCAACUCGACGUCCAAAAUCCAGCGUUCGGACACUCUGCCCGCCCCAGCGUUUUCUACCCCCAUUCGGAAUGCGCCGUUCAAGACACAUACUACACCCACCCAGGGGUCUCCACCGACAUUUGGGCUCGCACGUCCUAUCCAGCCAACCCCUCCAGCACAGGACACCAACAAGCUUCCGCUUGUGACCUCUGCCGCUCCUGCCUUUAGAAGCACAGUCCAAGCGUCGGCCAAGGAACUCAGCCCAUCCUUGACGCGACUCCAGGGACGUGGAUUCGUGGGAAAUCGAAGGGAGAAGCCAAAGCGCGCUGCUACUGGGAAUGUCCAUGAGAGAUGGCAGGUCGCGAUCCAAGGCCAGGGGUCAUCGCCUUCAACCACCUCCUCCCCUUCUGAAGUUCCAUGGAAGCGCCGGUCGUUGAAAGAGCCUGUUCCUGUUCCUGGAGACAGCAAGAUCGCCGGGAUCAUCAAACAUAUGACGGGCGCCCAACAGUCCUCUUCUCCGGCCACAUCGCCCAGUCCACAGAGGGACGUUCCCUCUUUCGAUGAGUUUGGACGCAAAACGACCCCUGUGUUAGCCAAGGCGACCCCAGUCCCGGUCAGCCCGACGUCAAAGUUCGAGGACACCAAGUCUCCUAUUCACCCAAAGCCACUCAACCAUCUCACGCGAGACCGUGCGCGUAAACCCAAGAAGGGCGUGCAAAUCAAAGAGGUAUGGAAAGCACCCGAAACAGUUUCGACCACUCCAGUGGGCACACCGCCACCGCCGCCGCCACCACCACAGGAGUACCGCCCUCCUUCGCCUUUCAAACGCUUGCGGCCGGCCGCCUCCCAGCCUUCCAUGCGCCCGCCUUCACCCAUCAAGGAAUCAUCGUUACAGAGACAGGGCACACUUCCAAGGGCUCAAGCCAGUCCGAGAGCAGCGGCGAGUUCUUCGCCCGCCCCUUCAUCUCCUGUUCGAAAGCCUGCGCAACUCUUCCCAGCAUUACCCAGGCCAGAAUCCCCUACCAAGGACAAUAACCUUUCACGAGCCAAGGAUAUAUGGGGAGAAAGGGCACCGAUCGGCGUCAAGGCCUCGAACGGAGGUCACCGUGGCAGCUCGCCAGGGCCUGCCUCUCGUGGUCCCAAUCUCGUCGGCAAGCGUGCGCUCCCCGGGAUGGUCGCUUCGCCCCAACCUCAACAGCGCGCUCAAACUCAGCCGUUUUACGCUCGACCUGAAUCUCCGACUAAGCCUUCGACUCCAAAACCGAUAUCUCCUGUAUCACCACCGCGUCAUCCUGGCCCACCUCCUUCCCCAGGGCGCAACAAGAGCCGGGCGACGGUGAUGGAGUUGGCACAGGCUAUGAGCGAGAAGCAGGGAGAAACUCUGGAGGAGCCCAAACUACCCCCGUCUCCUCGCUCUAUUCCUGCAGCCGCGAGAGAGCGCAGGAGGUCCAGUUAUGACCGAUACUCGGUCAUCACUAUGCCUCCGCUCAGGGAAGAAAAAUCGCCUGCUCCUACGCCUGCUGCGACUCUGUCCAAGUCCCAGGAGCUUAGUGUGCCCCCUGCUGAGCCUAUGCUCGUUUCGACCUCGCCCAAGACUUCACCCAAGGUGUCUCCGAAGCCAUCCCCCAGACUGUCUCCCAAGCCGUUGUCUCCUCGCCCCUCUCCUCGACCCUCUCCUAGGGCCCAACCUGUCCCUUUGCCUGUGGAGAACAAGGUUGAUGGGGUCUUCCAUGUUGACCCGAAUAUGGCCCCCAUCCCACCCUUUAAUCUCCAACAAGCCAUCAGCUCAAACCCAUAUACAUUUGCCUUUCCAUCUAACCUCAAGCGCAUUUCAAUUGACGUAUUUAGCCUGUCAAAUGGCCAAGCAGCCGUGGUCCCCAGCUACCCUUGCUUGGUGUACGAGUCCGAACUGGUUGCGAUCGUCCAGCGUGUGAGGAACGAGGCGAGCGGGUUGGUGUUGAGUAAAGUCUGGGGAUGGUACGGUAAGAAGGCUCAGCCUGGGCCGAGGGAAGAAGGGAAGCUCGCGGAGCUGGCCAAGCAGUAUGGGACCAGCGUGGUUCCGUCUUUCCAAGGGGAUGAGAGUCAAGAGCUCGUCGAUGCUGUUGGAGGCCAAUGGAUUGGAUCUCGUGCUCAUUGGAGCCCUGAGAAUACCACGAUGCAUUGCACUAGGCAGCUAGGUGACGCUUGUUUUACCGACGAGGUCGAUUUCCAUGUUUCCAACCUGUGCUCUGCAUAUAGCUACUGCAUCACUGUUCUGGAUGCAGUGUAUGUGUGGUACGGUCGUGGGGCAACUCAACCCGAACGCGAGGCUGCUGCUGCAUACGGACGCAUGGUCGCCGGACCGGAAAAGGAGAUUGAAGAGUAUGAAGAAGGCAAGGAGGACCCUAUGUUCUUCGUGCUCUUGGGAGAUGACGCUUGGGCGAAUGCCGAUUAUUGGAAGUAUCGAGCGCCACUGGGCAAGGUUGCUUAUCGACCGAGGAUGUUCCUCGUUGAUGCCAGGGAUAAAAAGCAACCGGUUUCAUGCCAUAUUCCUUCGGCGAGCAAGAUUUCCCCAGAUGCGGUAUUCGUGCUCGACAACACGUUCGAGAUGAUUGUGGUUGUUGGCCCCGAAGCCCGUGCUAGGAGGACAGACAUCCUUCUUGCGGUUCAUAUUGCGAUUUCGAUUGCUACUUCUGUCGAGACCAAGCGACCUUUUGUGCCCCCUGUUCACUUGAUCGUUCUUCCUUCACAACUCCCUCUGGAGGUCAAAGUUGGUUUCUUCCGCUUUGUUUCCGAUGAACUGGUUAACCCUGCGGGAGUGUACUUGCAUAUGCACCUCUUGACACUAUCCGAAGCCUCUGAACAACUUUCUGCUACGACCUGGCCAAUGUCUAAGCUCCAAGACCCCACUUUCUUACCCCUGGGCAUUCAUCCGAACCUCCUAAACUAA